CUCUGAUUGGUUAGACGCCAGGAGGGGGCGGUACCCAGUCCUUUGUGACGUCGGGGACAUGACCAAGGCACCGGUCACGUUGUCAUUGUGCGGCGCCGACCGGAGAGGAUCAGGGUUUAGGAGCCGUUGCUGUGGACGGAGAGACGGGGACGUGAGUAGCCAUUGAGGGCAGCCAGGGUGCCGGUGAAUCCCCUCCCAUCUGCUCGGUGUGCGGGCUGAGCUUUGAUGGAGGACCACGUGACGGGGCACAGCAAGGAGAAGCGUUAUGUGUGCAAUGUGUGUGGCAAGGCCUGGCAGCACCUGAGCCGGCUGGAGACCCAUCGGCGAGUGCACACGGGAGAACGCCCCUUCGAAUGUUCAGAGUGCGGCAAGAAAUUCCCCCGCUACCAGACCCUACUACGGCACUACCGAGUGCAUUCCGGUGAGAAGCCCUUCGGCUGUUCCACCUGCGGCAAGGGCUUCAAGACAGCAUAUGACCUGAUGUACCACCAACGGGUGCACACGGACGAGAAGCCCUUCAGCUGUUGCACCUGCAGCAAGAGCUUCAAGUCGUUGCCGGACCUGAAGGUGCACAGGCGCCUGCACACCGGAGAGCGCCCCUACACCUGCAGCGACUGCGGCAAGAGCUACACCCGCUCCAAAAACCUGCUGGAGCAUCGGCGCACCCACACCGGUGACCCCAGGCCCUUCUGCUGCUCCGACUGCGGCAAGGACUUCAAGAGGGCGUAUGACCUGAAGAUCCACCAGCGGAUACACACGGAUGAGAAGCCCUAUGGCUGCUCCACCUGUGGCAAGAGCUUUGCCUGGUUGUCGGGGCUACGACGCCACCUGCGGGCGCACAGCAAUGAGCGGCCCAUCAUCUGCUCCGACUGCGGCAAAGGCUUCAAGACGUCCACGGACCUGAGGUUGCACAGGCGCCUGCACACCGGGGAGCGCCCCUACACCUGCAGCGAAUGUGGCAAGGGCUUUAACCACUCCACGAGGUUGCUGGAGCACCAGCUCACCCACACCGGCGAGCGGCCCUACACCUGCACCCAGUGCGGUAAGGGCUUCACCCGCUCCAACAACCUGCUGGAGCACCAGCGCAUCCACACCGGUGAGCGCCCCUACAUCUGUGCCCAGUGCGGCAAGGGCUUCAUCCGCCCCACCAAGCUGCUGUCCCACCAGCGGGUGCACGCCAGCGACCAUCCCGUCCCCAGCCAGGUGUGUGGAGAGCACUUUGCCAUAACCCCCUGCUUGGUGUCUCACCAGUGCGUGCACACCAGUGGCCAGCCCUACGACUGCCCGUACUGCGUUGAGGCGUAUGAUAGCUCUUGGGGGUUGUGGCAGCACCAGCGGGCCCCCACCAGCGAGCGGCUGCUCCCACUGCAGCAAACGUUUCAAGAGCGCACGGGGGCUGCGGAAGCACCAGUGGAUACACAGACUGUGAUGGAGAAGGUGAGGACAGACUCUGCGGCCCUGCGGCGGAGCUCCUUCACUGGUGAUCCUCAGCAAACGAUCCCAGGCUCCGUGAUGAUGGCCGCCCGCCGGUCGCGAUCCCGCCAACUCCCCAGGACGAACCUCCUCAUCGGCCGGAUGAAAAUGGCGGCGGAGAAGCGGGAGUUGGUGGCGUCGCUGCUGAGCAGCGGCCUGAUUUCACUGCAUCAAGGCAGCAAUCAACAGCUGAACAGCCCACCAAAUUUAAUGAGGUUUAGGAGCUGUUGCUGUGGCAGAAAGACGGGCCGUGAGCGGCCAUUGAGUGCGGCCAGGGUGCCGGCUUCGAUGGAGGACCAUGUAAUGGGGCACAACAAGGAGAAGCGUUAUGUGUGCGACGUUUGUGGCAAGGCCUGGCAGUACCCAUGCCAUCUGGAGACCCACCGGCGGGUGCACACGGGAGAACGCCCCUUCGACUGCUGGGAGUGCGGCAGGAGCUUCAAGACGGCGCAGGUACUGAAGACCCACCGGCUGAUGCACACAGGAGAACGCCCCUUCAGUUGCUCCGACUGCGGCAAGAGCUUCAAGACGCCACAGGAGGUGAAGAUCCACCGGCGGGUGCACACGGGCGAGAAGCCCUAUGGCUGCUCCACCUGCGGCAAGAGCUUUGCUUGGUUCUCGGGGCUGCAGGUGCACAGGCGCGUGCACACCGGGGAGCGGCCCCACACCUGCAGCGACUGUGGCAAAGGCUUCAUCCAGUCCACCAGCUUGCUGGAGCACCAGCGUAUCCACACUGGUGAGCGCCCCUUCAAAUGCGCCCAGUGCGGCAAGGGUUUCACAUGCUCCACCAAGCUAUUGUCCCACCAGCGGGUGCAUGCUGCUGACUGUUCCGUCCCCAGCCCAGUGAGUGGAGAGGGCUUUGCCAUGGCCUCCCACACCCAGUCUCACCAGCGCGUGCACACCAGUGGCCAGCCCAACGAUUGCCCUUACUGUGGUGAGGCAUUUAACAGCUCGCGGGGGUUGCGGCAGCACCAGCGGGCCCAUGUCAGUGAGCGGCUGCUCCCACGGAGGCAAGCGUUUGAAGAGCGCACAGGGGCUGCGGGAGCAUUAGCGGAUACCCACCAGAGAGAGACCCUUUGGUCAGACGCCCUCAUGAAGUUCUUGCCGCAGUCGGAGCAGUCGAAUGGCCUGGGGAAGGGACGGUCGCCAUCGUGCACCUGCUGGUGGAACAGCAGCUUUGCGGAGCGGGAGAAGCGCUUGCCGCACUGGGCACAAGUGAAGGGGUGCUUGCCGGUGUGGCCCCGACAACCGGGCAAAGCUCUUGCCGCAGACGGAGCAGCCAUAAGGCUUCUCGCCCGUGUGAACUUGCCGGUGAUUCGUCAGCUCUUGCGUUGUCUUGAAGCUCAUGCUGCAGUUGGAGCAGGUGAAGGGCUUCUCGCCGGAGUGCACGCGCAUGUGCCGCCGCAGGUGGCCAUUGCGGGCAAAUCGGUUGAGGACCACAUGACGGGACACAACAAGGAGAAGCGUUGUGUGUGCGACGUGUGUGGCAAGGCCUGGCAGUACCCGAGCGAGCUGGAGGUCCACCUGCGGGUGCACACGGGAGAACGUCCCUUUGACUGCUCAGAGUGCGGCAAGAGCUUCAAGAAGGCGAAUCACCUGACGAUCCACCGGCGAGUGCACACGGGCAAGAAGCCCUAUAGCUGCUCCACCUGCGGAAAGAGCUUUGCCCAGUCAUCGGGUCUGCAGGAGCACCAGCGGGUGCACAGCAGUGAGCGGCCCUUCACCUGCUCCGACUGUGGCAAAGGCUUCAAGUCGUCCACGCAGUUGAAGGUGCACAGGCGCCUGCACACCGGGGAGCGGACCUACACCUGCAGCGACUGCGGCAAGGGAUUCACACGCUCUAACAACCUCCUGGAUCACCAGCGCACCCACACCGGCGAGCCCCCCUACACCUGCACCCAGUGCGGCAAGGGCUUCACCCACUCCAACAGGUUGCUGGAGCACCAGUACACCCACACCGGCAAGCGCCCCUUCACCUGCGUCCACUGCGGCAAGGGCUUCAUCCACUCCUCCAGGCUGCUGGAGCACCAGCGCACCCACACUGGCGAGCACCCCUUCACCUGCGCCCAGUGCGGCAAGGGCUUCACCCGCUCCUACACCCUGCUGUCCCACCAGCGGGUACACGCCGGCAACCGUCCCAUCCCCAGCCCGUUGUGUGGGUAGCGCUUUGCCAUGGCCUCCCAUGCCCUGUCUCACCAGCAUGUGCACAUCAGUGGCCAGCCCUACGACUGCCCAUACUGUGGUGAAUCGUUUGACAGCUCGCGAGAAUUGCGGCAGCACCGGUGAGCCCAUGCCAGCGAGCAGCUACGCCCAGUGCGGCAAGUGCUACAAGAGUGCACUGGGGCUGCGGGAGCAACAGCGGUUACACACCGGAGAGAGACCCUUAGUGUGCACUGAGUGUGGCAAGGGUUUCACCCCAAUUUCCAGCCUGUGGCAGCACCGGCGUACCCACAGCGGUGAGCGUUCCUUCCCCUGCCCGUCCUGUGGUGAGGGCUUCACCCUCCUUGACCACCGGCGAGUAAACACCUGCCAGUGCCACUUCACCUGCCCGCUCUGUGGCAAGGCCUUUGCCUGCUCCUCCAGCCUGCUGGCACACCGCCACGUAGAUAGGCACUGUUUAGGUCGACACAAAAUGCUGGAAGGACUGCGUAACAUUUGGGGUCCAGACCCUUCUUCAGUCUAGACCCAAAACGUCACCCAUUCCUUCUCUCCAGAGAUGCUGCCUGUCCCGCUUAGUUACUCCAGCAUUUUGUGUCCUUUUUUGUAAACCACCGUCUGCAGUUCCUUGUUUUUAAACCAUUCUGGUAAACCAUCUCUGCACCUUCCCCAAAGCCUCCACAUCAGUCCUGUAAUGGAGUGACCAGAACUGUAUGCAAUACUCCAAAUGCUACCUGACCAAUGUCCCUUAAAGCUGCACAUAUACAUUCCUCUCUCGUUAUAUCACACCCUUUUAUCUCCUUAUUUUCUCUCGCCUCUGCCACUAUCUCCACUCAUCUGCCGAUCACCCCCUCAUCUGUUAACAUAGUGUCAGUCUGAAGAAGGGGCCUGACCCGAAAUGUCACCUAUCCAUGAUCUCCACAGAUGCUGCCUGACCUGCUGAGAUACUCCAGCACUCUGUGAAACGUCACCUAUCCAUGUUCUACACAGAUGCUGCCUGACCCGCUGAGAUACUGCAGCACUUUGUGUAAGAGUCAGAGAGUGAUGCAGUGUGGAAACAGGUCCUUUGGCCCAACUGGCCCACACCUACCAAUAUGUCCCAGCUACACUAGUCCCACCUGCCUGCAUUUGGUCCAUAUCCCUCCAAACUUGUCCUAGCCAUGUACCUGUCUAACUGUUUAUUAUACGUUGGGAUAGUCCCAGCCUCAACUACCUCCUCCGGCAGCUUGUUCCAUACACCCACCACCUUCUGUGUGAAAAACAUACCCCUCAGAUUCCUAUUAAAUCUUUUCACCUUCACUUUGAACCCAUGUCCUAUGGUCCUCGAUUCCUCCACUCUGGGCACGAGAUUCUGUGCAUCUAACUAAAUUGUGUUCCAUGCUAGAUUUCGGCAUCUGCAGUUUCUUGUGACUCCCUCACCUAUAUCCACCUAUCACUUCUGAAGAAGGGUCUCAACCUGAAUCGUCACCCAUUCCUUCUCUCCAGAGAUGCUGCCUGUCCCACUGAGUUACUCCAGCCUUUUGUGUCAACCUAUCACAUGCCAGGCUUUGUCCAGCCCCCAUCUCUCUUUCCAGCUUCCUCCCCCCACCCUCUCCAGUCAGUCUGAAGAAGGGUCCUGACUCAAAAUGUCAUCUGUCCAUUUCCCUCCAAAGUGCCGGUAGAACUCAGCAGGUCAGCCACCCGUGGUGGGAAACGGAUGGAGAAGUGUUCCUAAUAUAAGUCCUCCUUGGCCCUGUCGAGCAGACAAGCAACAGUACCAGCAUCUUCUCAUUCAUACUGUACCCAAGUGAAAAUGUAAAAGUGAGCCAAGCUGCUCACAGUACCAGCCGGCUGCCACUGGCCCCAAAACCUAAAGGCUUUUAAAGUGUUUUAUUUUAAAGAAAGUCUUGAUGCAUUUGUGUCUUACGUAACAAAUAAAACAAGUUUUUCACGACC